AUGCCAUCUCGCAAAAGAUCCGCUCCAGAUCAGAGCACUGAUCGAAGACGGUCUGGUCGCUUAUCCGCCUCUGCACAGAAGAGCUCUUACUUUGAAGACUCGGAUACUGGAUCAAAUGAGGAUAAAGCUCCCGUGAAGAAACAACGCCGAAUCUCUGGGAAAACAAAAUCAACCUCAAAACAAGUGGAAGAAGAUCAGUACGUCCAGGAGACUGCGGAUGAGCAUCAUGAAGAUGAGGAGGAGGAUGACGAGGAGAGUGAAGACGCCCCGAGAAGGGUUGAAAUUAUACCGCUGCAGAAGAUGAGAGAUACCGGGGGAGUGGAAUAUGAAGACCACAAAAUACAUAAGAACACAUUGCUGUUUCUUAAAGACCUAAAGGCAAAUAAUAAGAGGAGCUGGCUAAAAUCUCACGACGACGAAUACCGACGGGCUCUGAAAGAUUGGCAGUCUUUUGUCGAGGCAGCUACACAGACGAUAAUUGAAGUGGACGAAACAGUUCCCGAACUGCCUGUCAAGGACGUCAUCUUUCGAAUAUACAGGGACAUUCGCUUCAGCAAAGUCAAGACGCCAUACAAGCCUCACUUUUCAGCUGCCUGGUCACGGACAGGCCGCAAGGGCCCCUACGCCUGCUACUACAUCCACUGCGAGCCCGGGUCGUCAUUCAUUGGCGGCGGCCUGUGGCAUCCCGAAGCUGCACUCAUCACGAAGCUCCGACGCAACAUUGACAGACACCCAGAUCGAUGGCGUCAGACUUUUAAUGAGCCUCUAUUGAAGAAGGUUUUCUUCCCGAAUGUCAAGGCGAAUGCUGGUCCAGAAGCAGUAAUCAAGGCCUUUGUGCAGAGAAAUCAAGAGAACGCGCUCAAGAAACGACCGAUGGGUUAUGAGGUUACUCAUAGGGAUAUUGAGCUGUUAAAAUUGCGCAACUAUACGAUAGGCGCAAAGAUCGACGCCGACAUGCUCGCCAAGGAUACUGCUCAGCAGAAGAUAAAAGAAAUCAUGCGCGGUCUUUCUGGAUUUGUCUCGUUCUUGAACAGCAUAAUUAUGCCAGACCCUGCGAUUGAUGGGGAUGAUAGCAGUGACGACGACGAAGAAGAAGAAGAAGAAGAGGAGGAGGAAGACUAA